GCUGAGAGAGGCAGAGCGAGAGCAGCGCGCGCACCGCACCUCCCGUUCACUGUAGUAUGGCAUCGAGGAGAAUGGAGACCAAGCCCGUGAUAACGUGUCUGAAAACCCUGCUCGUCGUCUAUUCCUUCGUGUUCUGGAUCACGGGGGCCAUCCUCUUCGCCGUGGGACUAUGGGGGAAGUUCAUGCUCGGGCCGUACAUCUCCCUUAUCGCUGAGAACUCCACCAACGCACCGUACGUCCUCAUCGGCACCGGGACCACCAUCAUCAUCUUCGGGCUGUUCGGCUGCUUCGCCACCUGCAGGGGGAGCCCAUGGAUGCUCAAACUGUAUGCGAUGUUCCUCUCGCUAGUGUUCCUGGCUGAGCUGGUGGCUGGCAUCUCGGGGUUUGUUUUCCGUCACGAGAUUAAAGGCACGUUCCUGAGGACCUAUAACGAGGCUGUGCUGAACUACAAUGUGAAGGAUGAGAGGAGUCUGGCUGUGGAUAACGUGCAGAGGAAUCUGCGUUGCUGUGGUGUGUUGAACUACACGAGCUGGUUCAACAGCGUUUAUUACCCCACUAACGGAAUUCCACCCAGCUGUUGCGCCAACAUUUCCGACUGCAUCGCCUCAGACCUGCGCAACGCCACCAUAGCGCCUAGCAAAGUGCACCAGCAGGGCUGUUAUGAGCUGGUGACUUCCUUCAUUGAGACUAACAUGGGCAUCAUCGCUGGAGUGACGUUCGGCAUCGCCUUCUCACAGCUCAUCGGAAUGCUGCUGGCAUGUUGUCUGUCCCGGUUUAUCACGGCUAAUCAGUACGAGAUGGUGUAGCAGAGUGGCUGAAGCUGUGAAGAGAGUGUAACAUCAUUUCAGAGACCUGGGAAGGAAACCCAAGAUACUAGCACACUCCAUUCUUCUUCUUCUUCUUCUUCUUCUUCUUCUUCUUCUUCUUCUUCUACCUUUCUUUUGUCCUUCCUUUUUCCUCUGCCUCACUCCGUCCUGGUAGUGUAUCAUUCCUGAUUGUGCAUUUUGUGUGCCAGCUUCUCUUUCAGAAAACCUUAUCGUUACUCCACACACACACACACACACACACACACACACACACACUUCACUCUGUACAAAGCCAUGCAUGCUGAAGCAGUUCCACUUAAAACCAGCCUGCGUUUUUAAUCGAUUAACCGAACUCUAAUUGACGUCAGUGCGUCGUAGCUAUAGUUCUUCGUCCGAUACGGUUUUAAGGAAAAAAUAAAUAUAAGUAAAUAUGAUGAAAAUAAUACUAUAGGGUUUUUUUUUUCCUUCAUUUUUUUUUUUCGUUGUCGUCGUCGUUGCUGUACGUACGCCGUAGUGACGUCUUCGGAGGAGAAAGGUUACGUUCCGUUUUCCGCUUUUUUUUCCCCCCCUGCCAUUUUCCGAGUGCCAUUAAAAAAAUAAAUAAAUAAUUAAAAAAAGAAAAUCCUGCCGGAGCUGUACAGAGUUUUCGUGCUCGUGCUGCUUUUUAGAAGCUCGUCCUGUCUGUAGCUAGUUUGUACUAGCGGGAUGAUGUCACGCGAAGGUGUAUAACGUGAUCAGGGAAUACGAAGCGGUCAUGUCGAACGUAUCCGUAACGAUACCGUCGAGGUUCUCUCAGUCCGAGAUCACCGCGGAAAAUACCGGAACGGCCGAUACAAAUUCGACACAAAGACGUAGCGCGCUUGCGAAGAGCAUUAGAUGGUGAUUAUGCCGCGAGAGCGGAUCGUACGAUUAACGCGUACGCGGUGGAUUUUCGGCCGCAGGUUUUAGCCUUAAGUUUGUGAUAGUUUGUGUGAGACCGAUCUGAUUUGCUUUAAACGUUUUUAAAUCGUUCUGACGCCGAACCCGCGUAUCCAUGCGGGAGGAAUCAUUUUAGUAACUAAGCUAGCACGCAAAGGAUAGCUAGAUUUCGCCUGCCGAGUUAGCUAGCGAGCUCAACGCUCAACCCCCGACCCCUCACGCCCGCCCCACGUUUACCGCGACCUCUGUUUCCGGAAGUAAAUAUUCCGGCUCCUGUCGCUUAAAGUGUCCGAACUGAACCAAACAACAACAAAAGAACAAAGCAGCCGCGAGAUGAAUCGCACCCUCGUGAAAAGGAUUCCUAAGCAAUAGAAACGGCUGGAAAAAUAGCGAGGCCGUGUGCUUAUCGUGUUUAACGAUAGGAAAGAACUCGUGUUCCCAUAAUGCAUUGCGAAUUAGGUCACGUCCUCUUUUUUUUUUUUUUAAACAAUAAAGAGAUAUUUUUCUAACCAAAACGGCUCUCCGAGCCCACAAUACAAGAUGGCGCGCGAGCGACGUGGAUUCAUACCGCACUUAUCCACAGAUAGUGACGUCUCUCGAUUGGUGGGUUUCGCUUUGGAAUUCUGGGUAACGUGAUACAGACACAGUACGAGUCGGAAUCUGAUUGCAUCACAGCUUCGGCGGCUUUUGACGAUCUCGUAGCUUGCGUCGGGUUUAAAAAACGAUCGCACGGUUCCGUACCGGGGGAAAAAAACGGAUCUCGAUCUGCGUGGAAAUGUAACCUAAUAAACAUUUCCGCUCGGGAACCUUCCUCGGACUUUUUGUUAUUAGGAUAUGAAUUUCAAGCUAUACGUCUGUCAAAAUUGCGCCGAAAUCUACUAACGGAAGGCGGACGCUAGCGUGCGAGAAUUUCAUUCCGAGCGUAUGUUAAUCGUUUUUCAGUCCACGUGCUACGUGCACGUUAUAGCGCGCGGUAUAUAACGUGUGCUAACAACACGAACUACAGCGCAGCAAGAAAAGCGACUUUGAUAAGAUUCAACUUCGCGGCCGUUUGACAGGUUUCUUGCACGUCUUCGUUCGUACGAACGUUCUGUGCGCGUUCAGGCGAAGAACGCCGACAGGAAACCAAACGUCUUCUGGCGGCUCGAUGAUUUCUCGACGUCCGAUGAGCGCUUUCCUGAAAUAUCCGACAAUCUGUCUGGCUAAUCUCGGAUCACGCGACGCGUUAGCCGAGCCGUCGCGUGUCAGGAUUCUAGAACUUUUCUAGAAUAAAAUGUGUUUUCUCUUUCGCCCGUUCUAGAAUCGUUGUACCCCGGCAGCAUUUGAGGUUUCGAUGCUAGCAAAGAGCUGCUGAGGAGUACUAGCAGCUACGCAAUAUUUGUUUUAGUACAAAUUUUUUUUUUUUAAAUGGACGCCGGUGAAUUUUCUUGGACAGACGACAGCAAAACUGUUGAGGUUGAGGUUGUUUUAUUGUUUUGUUUUUUGUUUUUUUUCCUGUUCGGUAAGUCUUAUUCUGACCAAAACUAAAAAUGAGUCACUUUCUUUAGUACGCAAAUAUGCUAGUCAGCUAGUGAGCGAUUUUGGCUAGUUUUUGAACAAGUUAGCAAAGCUAGCUAGGUCAGUUUGGGAUUUUGACAAAAAAUAAAUAAAUAGAAACUAAUUUUAGUCGCGUUAUAGUACGCAAAUACGCUAGUGAGCAAUUGUGGCUAAUUAACACGUUCGCCUGGCUAGCUCGGCUAACAGUUUGCUCGACUUACUCAAAACCUUACUCGUGCGUUUAAGAGACAAACUUCAGAAGCAUUUGUAGAGGAACGGAGAGCGGCUGUGAUCUCGGACUGAGCGACGGCGCGUGCCGACGUUCCAUAUUUCAAUGUGUGUUUGUGAGAUUUUGGGUUUUGUUUUGAUAUUCUUUAUGGUUUUAUUAAGAUUAAUAUGACUGUGUUCUAUGAAUGAAUUCUGCUUUUUACAGCUUCCCCUAGUUUCAGUGAACCGUUCAGUAUUAAUUAGUGGAUAAACAGUCUGUGAAUACGCAAACAAACAAACGACGGAUCGAACCACGCGAUCCAAAACCGGACAAACGUACAGAUAUUGCCACUUUGUAUAAUAAAAAAAAAAAAAAGGAACUUUUUAAAAAUGCAUCACCAGCUAGCAUGUGAGCAAAAACGUCUGUUGGUAUUGUAAACGACUGUGAUAUCUGUUAAUAAAAAUGGUUAUUUCAUCGUUAACGGUUGAUUCUUGUCCUGGAUUUUAUUUUAUGUUCACUACUGUAGCAAUAAACGGUGUUUCUGAUAUAAGUUUUGAUCAAGAUUGGGACCAACAGGAACCAAGAGUAAUUGGGGGCGGAGUUAUUAGCCACGUUUUUUAAAAAAAAAUAAUCAUGGUGCGAAUUAUUUCCUUUUUCCGUGUAGUGCUGUUACAGUAAGAUAAUCAACGACGGUGUGCUGUGAUGAAGCGGAGGUAUUGUUAACACUUAAGUCUUACGAUAAGUCUUAUUUUCUUUCUAUACACACACACACACACACACACACGCUGUAUCUAGCUAGCGACCGAGCUAUUUAUACAGUUCGUCUCGUUCGUCAUGCUAAUGUUAGCUAGCUAGCUGUCCCGCUACCCAUACACUGCAGGGUCUGAAAAUGACUUUUUAUCCGUUGCUUAAAGGUUGAAAUCUCAGCGUUAAGGCUACAUACGCUUAUCUAAAUCUCUGACUACUUCUCAUUGUAAUGCUGCUCUAAGAGGUUUUUUAGAUAUGCUUUUCAGAUGUACAAACAUUUUCAAAUUCAAAAAGUGUUCAAGUGUUUAAAUUACCUUACUUACCGAGUUUGUGAAUUCUGUAAUCUGUAGUGAAAUGCAUCUUGUUAUUAUUUUUGUUUGUGUGUAUUUUUUUAUAUAAGUGAACGUUUCCUGAAGCAGUUUGAGACUUUGUGUCGUGUUGUCGUUCCGGUUUUAACCACCAGGAGGCGAUAGAAUGCUGCUGGAAAACGGAACUCACGGAGAAGGUCUUUCGAGUAAUAAUUAAGCUGAAGUUUUGUGGUUUUUUUUUUGUUGUUGUUGUUGUUUUUUAAACUAAGAAAUAAAUAAGGGAGAGGGAAGUAAAUGAAAGAAAGCUAUAAUUAGUACCUCCGUAAAUAAAUAAAUAAAUAAUUAUACUAAUUCAAUUAAGAAAUGAGUAAAAGGGACAAAAAUAAAUGAAAGAAAUACAGAAAUAAAGAACCAAAGGAAAUAAUACGCGUAACAUUUUGUGCUUUUUUUUUUAAUAUGAUCAAUUUAAUAUUUAUUACAUGUAAUUAUUGAGCCAAUUAGCACUUUAAUGAUAACCGCUGCAGAUGGUGCAGAAGUUCUGCUGACAAAGUCAAAGUCAGAGUGAAAGUACAGUAUGUGUGACUUGUGUGGAAUGAUAUAUGAUCAUUCCCCAACACUUUAUCAGCACGUCAGAUAAUUAACAACCCUGUCAAAAAUAAAUGAUGAAAAGGGUGUGGUUAAAGAGUGUGUUGGGAAAGAGGGUGUUGGUGUGUGUUAUGGCGAUAUUAGCCAAUCUUGCUUGUGGAGGCGUCUUGCAAUGAAAAUAGCUGAUGUCAGAAGCUGAUGAAAGAUUUAAAGGUUAGUUUAUUUAUGUAUGAACGUUUACCAUCCACCCGAACCUCGCUGGGCCAAGUUUGGGCCGACACUGGCGAAGGAGCACUUUUUUUAUAGCAACCAUAACAACAUAGAAUUCAGUGCCAUUGUUGGUCCAACGUUGGGCGCCUGACUUUCAGCCACCAUUAAAUCCACCAUGCCAACUUUGUGUCAACGUAAUUAAAAGAAAGCGUUAGUUAGUAGUACAAACAUCCAUACAUCCAUCCAUCCAUUUUCCAUACUGCACAGGGUCUCGGGGAGCCUGGAGCCUAUCCCAGGGAACUCCGGGCACAAGGCGGGGGACACCCUGGAAGGGGUGCCAAUCCAUCGCAUGUAGGGCACAAUCACACACUACAGACAAAUUGGAAAUGUCAGUCAGCCUAGAACAG